AUGGGUAACAGGGCCGUGCAGAUUGUGAACGUGGCCACAGCCUCCCUGCACUCAUCCCUUUUCCGAGGACACCGUACGCGCCACGCGAUCACUGCCUUGGCCUACCACCCAGGGAGACCCAGCCUGCUCCUGGCUGUGGGGGCUGACGGCAUCAUCUCUCUCUACAGCAUGGACUCAGAGACACCGCUGGCAACAGUGACAGAGAAGGAGAAUGAGAUCAAUGCCAUGGAUUUCUGCAUGGACGGCAGCACCUACGCCACUGCUGGCAAGGAUCGACAUAUUCGGCUCUAUGACAGCCACACCAACCAGCUGUCCCACAUUCUGCAGGCUCCUGACUUCAUGACUGGUGAUGUGACACCAAGCAGUGGGCACUCUCGCCGCAUCUUUGCCCUCCGCUUUCACCCUGGAGAGCGCCAUAUGUUCCUGACAGCUGGCUGGGAUGACUGUGUGAAGAUCUGGGACAAGAGGAUGGCAAAGGAGGCUCAGAGAGUGAUCAAUGGGCCUCACAUCUGUGGCCCAGGCCUUGACAUCCAGGGUAACUGCGUGCUCACUGGCUCCUGGGUGCCCCACAAUGCACUUCAGCUCUGGGAUCUACGGACAUCCCAACUGCAGAAGAACCUCCCCUUUCCUGGAGGCCCCACACAGGGCCAGUUCCUCUACGCAGCCCGGUUCUGUGACCAGGACAUAGUGGUGGCUGGGGGCAGCGGCACCAGUGGAGCCAGCGCCAUCCACACUGGCACUGACCAGGUGCUCGGCGAGAUCCUGCUGCCCAACAAACCAGUGCAGUCUGUAGCAGUAGCUCCCUGUGGGCGGGUGGUGGCUGUGGCUGGUGUGGGAGGGAAUCUCCACAUCGCAGACCUGCACUGAGCCCCAGCAGAGAGGGGGUGAGAAGUGGACAAACCUGGGAGUCACAAUCCCCCCCAUCUACAGUUCCUCUGAUCUAUGGCUCUCCCACAUGAUUCUGCCCCAUCAGGACUACGGCCCUCUGCGAUGUCUGGGAACACAGGACCCCCAGGCUCCCCUUCCCAGCUCCCCUGCACCCCUCUGUAAGACCUGGAGCAUCCAGACCCCUGGGCACCUGCUGGCAUCUAAUAAACUUCCUGCACCUGAAGAGGUGACUCGUGAGGCCUUCUGAAUCCUGUGAGCGGCCCUGGUCCUGGGCUCGGUCAGCCUGUGUCCAUGCAACGGCCUCUGGAACCAGGAAACUCUAUGCAGGUAGCAUCUACACUGCAUCUGGGAACAAGCCUCCCAGCCU